UCAUAAGGGUUACAAAUGACAAAUUCACUGUCACACCGUGUGUGGGGUUUAGUCACAUACAGACACGUCUCGUACUGGUACGAGGGACAAGAAGGAAUCAUUCGCUUUUAAGUGUGUGGUUUAGACCUGGACGUUAGACGUUGCUGGACACAAGUCCACAUUAAGGUUUAACCAUGUGGACGGCGGCCUCAGUGCUUGUGUUACUGUUUGCUCUCCCACUACUGACUACCGCCCAGCAGUGUGACAAUGCCAAUCCUUGUCAGUUUACGGGUGGUGACGCGUACACCAAGACGGCUGAGGUGACGUCAUCAAAUGGGGCUUUGACUCAAACUGUGACCGUUGACAUCAGUGACGUAACCAUCGAAUGGCUGACCACUAAAAGAAGAACAUACAAUGGAGGAAUCCCCGGACCAACGUUUCGUCUGAAGGCCGGAGACAACUUGGCAUUGACCCUGGUAAACAACCUUGGCCCUCAGCCUGUAGGUGAACAUAACGAGUACCGUGACCCCAACUCUACAAACAUCCACACACACGGACUGCACAUCUCACCCAUGGAGCCGCAGGACUACGUGUUUUUGGAGGUUGGUCCCGGAGAGACAUACAACUAUAACUUCCAACUGAACGAAAACCAAAACGCUGGGACUUUCUGGUACCACGGACACCACCAUGGAUCCGCGUUUUUCCAAGUUGCCAGUGGUAUGGCGGGGUUGCUGAUAGUAGAAGAUGAAUGGAGCUCCAUGUCUGCUGAACUAGCCGCCAUCUCCUGUCCCACCAACUGUGACAAGGAGGUCCCGAUGCUACUGGGAAAGUUCCUAGACUACAACGGAGGAGAGGACAGUUUCGCGGAAGUGCAGAACGACAUCGGGGAUCCGUUCAGACUUGAUGACACAGUCACAACAUCUGAAGGAGUGACGCUGUCAGCUUAUCUCACUGAUCAACAGACCGGGGUAUCAGCUUACAUGGUUAACGGCCAGGUACGCCCGGUGAUCACGAUGCAGCCCGGAGAGAUCAGACGCUUCCGUAUGGUGAACGCUGGUCCCAGGGACCAGCUGCUCCUCACCAUUACAGGUUGCGAGAUCACCAUCCUGGCCUAUGACGGUGUGUAUGUGGACACGCCCUAUUCUCAGGACUUCAUCUUCAUCCCAACCGGAGGAAGAAGUGACGCCGCCGUGAGAUGUGCAACUGCUGGCACCUACGAGUUACGCUCUGGGAACAAUGUCACUCACGUGCCGUCUUUAGGAGAAACGGACGUCUAUGGAGGCGUCAUCGCUACCAUUGAAGUAACAGGUGCUGCCAUGUCCAUGAGCUUUCCGACGGCAACGCCAGCAAAGCCAUCGUACCUGGACGACCUACGGACCGUGGAAGACUCUGCCAUAGGGGGCAGGUACGUGGUGGAGCUCGGGCCGGAUCCCUACCUGAACCGUGAGAGGUUCACAAACGCUACCUACUACCGCUACAACUUCGACGUGGAUACAAUCCAGGAGUGGAUUUUCACCAACACAGACGAGGACGAUGGACACCCUCUGCACCUGCACGUGACCCAUUUCCAAGUCAUCUCCUACAAUUCGUACCCCGGACCAAUUAAUGGUGAAGUUGGUGGGGGUGUAGGCGCUGGGGACGCAUUUGCGUACUAUGACUUAAACGGCAAUCUCUGUGACCAGCAGCACAAAGAUUUCUACCCGGACACUGUUAACCCCUCCAUCACCGUGGAUACCACCUACCUCGGCCAUGACACCAACGACCGAAAUCUCGCGGGCUACGCGAGACUUGGAGAGUUCCGAGAUGUCCUUCUGAUCCCCCCAUUGGCCAGUGUCAAAGUCCGUUUCAUAGCAGCCGACUACAUCGGCCCUUACGUCCUCCACUGCCACAUCCUGAACCACGAGGACCAGGGAAUGAUGAUGGUGACGUACUCCGCUCCGGCCGGGCAGGCCUCGCAGAGCCCCUGGGAGUCGUCGGGAGGACACAACCCUGGCACCUGCAGUUCUACGGACGUGUACCCGGACAUCCUGCAGAACACAAUCGCCGCCGGCAACAAACAUGCCGUCAGCAAUGGGUGGCUGACGACCCUAGUGCUAACGGUGGCAUCUAUCAACUUCUUUUAAGCUAGAACAUAUCCAGCCUGUAGCCAUUAAAGCUAUAUUUGGACAAUACAAAAAGUAAAUUUUCCUGCCAUUUCUUUACAUACUAGUAAGCUAAAUCUACCCUUUACCAUUGAAUACCAAGGCUCAGUGAGAGAAGUUACAACGUCAGUGCAUUAUACAAACAUGUUUAUAAACUGUGAUCUUCCUACAUGGACCUCCAUGCUUCCUAUGGAAACAUGCCCACAUCUGGCUUAUCGCUGUCUUGCUUGCCUGACUGCACAGUGGGGUGUCUGAUGACAGUUUCACCAUAAUUUUUGUGAAAUGUAAGCUUUGCAAGAUUUCUUAUAGUUUUGAAGGGAAUAUAACCUCAGGUUAUUGAUACCCUACAAAAUAGCUUAUUGAUACCCUACAAAGUGCAUGAUUAUAUCCUAUUCUGAAGUGAAAAAUUGAGUGUUUUCAAAGAAGAAGAUCUUGAUUGUUCUCCCCUGUAGUCACCCUGGAGUGUGAUGAACUCAUUACCCCACCCCCUAGGGUGCCUGGAGGCCUGGAAGUUGUUGUUUACAGACAGGAGUGUCUAACUCUGGGGGACACUGAGAUGAAACUACGUAGCAUACCUUUAAGGGCUAAGAAGUACUUUUUGUUCUUAGACAUGAAGAAGCUAAUGACACUGAUUAUUAUAAAUCCAAUGCAAACGUAGAGAUUCUUUGGAUUCUUGAAGGUGAAUAUGCAAUGAAACGGCUGAUUUUUGGUGUUUUGGUAUUCAAUUAAAUUCUGGUGCUGUUAGUACACUUUGUAUUCAUUUGUCUUAUGUAGUUAAGGAUUCCAAUAUUUUCU